AUGACUUGCGCAAGAAUAAGAGUCAAAAUACAUGGUAGUACUCAAGUAAUCCUGCUUCCUAUCGACAGUGAUCGUGGGCUGAGACUCGGAACGUUUAAUUGUUAUUUUCAAGCGGCGAAAGGGAUCGCGUAUUACAACGAUGCGCACGCAAUUGUCGGAUUGGACUUCAACGACGAAUCACGGAAAUUUUUUCCUGGUCCGAACGAAGAAUGGCAAGAAAACAUUGAUUAUUUUCCAACAUAUGCGAAUGGUCAGUUGACUCCACCGUCUGCAAAUGAAGCGGCUUCGUCAGCAAUAACGUCCUGUUUGACUUUCGAUAAGGAUGGUUUAUGGGACAUUCGUAUUUAUGUGAAUGUGAACAUGCUACUAGCGAGUGCCAUCAUGGCCGUGACAAUCAAUCUGAUAUUUAGUGCGAUCGACGGCGGCUCAAAGCAAGUGUCGAGCAACCCGGGUCGAUCAUUCGGGCGACUGGAUCCGUUCAAAUGUGAGUCGGUUCCGGCAUAG